AAGACGUCGAUGCAAAUGCCUUGGACACUUUGGAUAAGAGUCUGAUGCAAUUUAAAAGCAGAGAAGUAUCUCUGCCGCAACGUCAUGAAGGCAAUAAUGCUGCCAUCCUCCCUGCUGCUGCUCUUAGGGCUGAGAUGUGUGUCUCCUCUGGAGGGCAGCAAGCCCAACUUUGUCCUGAUCAUGGUGGAUGACCUGGGGAUUGGAGACCUAGGCUGCUAUGGCAACACAACUCUCAGGACCCCCAAUAUUGACCAGCUAGCACAGGAGGGUGUGAAGCUGACCCACCACAUCGCCGCAGCGAGCCUCUGCACCCCCAGCCGGGCGGCGUUUCUCACAGGGAGAUACCCCAUACGAUCAGGUGUGGCCGGUUAUCACAGACCCGGUGUUUUUUUGUUUAAUGCAGCCUCUGGAGGUCUUCCCGGCCAGGAGGUCACCUUUGCUAAUAUUGCAAAACAACAUGGCUAUAAGACCGCUCUUAUUGGAAAGUGGCACCUCGGACUGAACUGCGAGAGCAGUGAGGACCACUGCCACCACCCCGGCGUCCACGGCUUCGACUACUUCUUCGGCAUCCCCUUGACCAACCUACGAGACUGCCGGCCAGGCCACGGCACCGUCUUCCAGUUCCAUAAAUACAUCCCGUACAGGGGGAUGGCCGCCGCCCUGGUCGCCGCCGGGUCUCUCUGCCACGUUGGCGCCCUCAACCCCCGCAGAGGGCUGGUCCUGGGCCUGCUGGGUCUGACGGCCCUGGUCACGGGUCUGGUGGUGGGAUUCGUGGCCCUGAUGCCGUACCUCAACUGCGUUCUCAUGAGGAACCACCUGGUUGUCGAGCAGCCAUUUGCGUCCGAGAACCUGACCCAGAGGAUGACCCACGAGGCCGUGGACUUCUUGGAGCGGAACUCUGCAGGGCCUCUCCUCCUGUUUUUCUCUUUCAUCCAAGUGCACACAGCCAUGUUUGCGUCGGCGGCCUUCAGAGGGACGAGCCGCCACGGCCUCUACGGAGACGCAGUCCACGAAGUGGACUGGAGCGUAGGUGAAAUCAUGAAGACUCUGGACCGACUCCAGCUGAGAGAAACCACUCUGGUUUACCUGACAUCAGACCAGGGGGCCCACGUGGAGGAAAUCUCAGCAUCGGGGGAGGUCAACAGAGGAUGGAAUGGAAUAUAUAAAGCAGGGAAGUCCACAAAUUGGGAGGGAGGCAUCCGAGUGCCGGGAAUCCUGCGUUGGCCAGGGAACAUCCCCAGUGGCAGAGAGGUGGACGAGCCCACCAGCAACAUGGACCUGUUCCCCACGGUGGUGCGGCUGAGCGGAGCCUCUGUCCCGGUGGACCGGGAAAUAGAUGGCCACGACCUCGUGAAUUUGCUUCGGGGCCGAGUUGAAAGGUCGACCCAUGAAUUUCUGUUCCACUAUUGUAACAUCUACUUGAAUGCGGUCCGAUGGCAUCCCCAAAACAGUAGCUCCGUGUGGAAAGCCUUCUACUUCACGCCAAACUUCUACCCGGAGAACGAGACGGCCUGUUUCCACACGCACACCUGCUUCUGCUCCAAGGGCUACGUGACCUACCACAACCCUCCGCUGCUCUUCGACCUCACACGGGACCCUUCGGAGAGCACGCCGCUGACCCCCGACAAGGAGCCGGCCUUUCACUCUGUCCUGGCCGCGAUGGAGGCGGCCGUGGAGCGGCAUCGGCGGUCUGUGGAGCCCGUGGAGAGCCAGAUGUCGCCGUGGAACCUGAUGUGGAAGCCGUGGCUGCAGCCCUGCUGCUCCACCCUGGCACAGCUCUGUCGGUGUGGGCGAGAUGAAGAGCGCGAUUAUCACUCCGAAAACAACGUUUGAGUCGCAACCGGGGUCACCGAGUGUCAUGUUCUACCCAAGGGCAGUGGACGAGAAGGGAAUCGAUGUGAUUGCGUAUUCGAUACCUGUCAUUAAUCAAUUUUUAUUGAAAUAACUUUUUGCAAGUUAUAUAAUAUUAAUAUAAAAACUUUCAGACAGCCUUCAAAGUUCUAUAAAAUAUGGAGAUAUGAGGCGAAAAAUGCAUCUGCCUAUGUGUGGAUAUUAAGAAUGAAUAGUCACGAUAUAGAGUACUGAAAAAUACUCUAGAGGAGGCUUUUGAGCAGGCAAGUGAAACAGCUGGAGUCAGAAUCUGGACUUUGGAAGUCUGGCUGGUCAUACAUUUUGGUUGGAGUAAGAUCAGCUGUCAAUAGGUGAUAUUCUGCACAUCGUCAUCUUGUUCUUGAAAGCAGGUAACGCUGACUAUAUAUUAUGUGGACUUGGUGAAGUUAGUUGAAGGAUACAAUAGGCUUCAUCCGGUUUUCACUUAUGGUGUUCAAAAAGGAUAUUUACAUAACACAUGAAUAAAAUAAUAAUGACAAGAACUUAAACAAGCUUGUUCCUUAUAAGUUUGAGUUUUUAAGCACCCUGGCUACAUAAAGACACAAAAUCAAGCAAUUGGUUUAAAGAAAUGAAAGAGUUCACUACAAUGAUUCACUUAUUGAUAAAACAUUAGUGAAUUAAAUAUAUUUACACAACAGGGACAGUAAAUUCUAAACCAGAGCAGCCUCUGCCUGGCCCUCAAGCUCCAGCAUGUCCUUCUGCCCCCAGUGUUUAUUGAGCAGGUCGUGGACAUUUUCCUUGUGCUUGUGGUCCAACACAAACACAAAGUACAAUUAAAGCUGCGAGCAGUGUUGGACGGGUCCUCACUACUCCCUGCACGUCGGGGCACUGGCCGGACGGUUAGAAAUGCGGCCGAGGAACCCUGCGGCCGUCGGACGAAGCGUUCGCAAGUCAGUGGUCGUUAACCGUGUGGAGCAACGUCAGGAAUGCCGCUUUGCAAACUUUAUCUUUGACAUUAUCAUGGUCUUAGGCUUUUUAUGUCAACAUAUAACCAGGAGCCCCAAAAAGGCCCGCGGUUUGUGAGAAUAAUAAUAAUAAUUCCUUGAAAUACAAUAGGUUCCUCUACGACUAGUCGUAGCGAGGACCCUAAUAAAAUGCUUUUAGUGUACACCAAAAUACAACCUGAGAUAUCUAUUCAACAAAGUAAUGAGAAUGUUGUAAAA